AUGGAUCAAGGAGAUCAUCAGCAGGAGAAGAAAGAAGAAGAAGCUUUGCCUCCGGGUUUCAGGUUCCAUCCAACGGAUGAGGAGCUAAUCUCGUAUUACUUGGUUAAUAAGAUCGCCGAUCAAAACUUCACCGGAAAAGCAAUCGCCGAUGUUGAUCUCAACAAGUCCGAGCCGUGGGAGCUUCCUGAGAAGGCGAAAAUGGGAGGCAAAGAAUGGUACUUUUUUAGUCUACGCGACAGAAAGUACCCGACGGGUGUGAGAACAAAUAGAGCGACAAAUACAGGAUACUGGAAAACGACAGGAAAAGACAAAGAGAUAUUCAAUAGCACAACCUCGGAGUUGGUCGGAAUGAAGAAGACUUUGGUGUUCUACAGAGGAAGAGCUCCUCGUGGAGAGAAGACUAGUUGGGUCAUGCAUGAAUAUCGACUUCACUCUAAGUCCUCCUAUAGAACCUCCAAGCAAGACGAGUGGGUCGUGUGUAGAGUGUUCAAGAAAACAGAAGCAACCAAAAAAUACAUAAGCAAUAGUAGCAGCAGCACAAGUCACCAUCAUCACAACAACACAAGAGCUUCAAUGUUAGCAACCAACAUUAACAAUAACCCUAAUUACUCAUCAGACCUCCUUCAACUCCCACCACAUCUACAACCACACAACAGCCUCAACAUCAACCAGUCCCUCAUUGCUAACGCCGUUCACCUAGCCGAGCUCUCUAGAGUCUUCCGCGCCUCCACAAGCAGCAACAUGGACUCUGCUCAGCAGGUAAUUGGCUACAACCACAUGCCUAUCUCAGGACUCAAUCUCAACCUUGGUGGUGCAUUGGCCCAGCCUCCUCCUCCUACUGUGUCGCUGGAGGAUGUUGUAGCGGUUAGUGCUUCGUUCAAUGGCGAAAACGGGUUUGGAAAUGUGGAGAUGAGCCAAUGCAUGGACUUGGAUGGAUACUGGCCAUCUUAUUGA